AUGGGCAGUAUAGACCACGGCUUUGACGGCCAUGUUAACGGCGGCCUGAACGGCGCCGAUCACACGUUCGAGCCCAAGCACCCCAACCCGUCAUUACAGGUGACCGCGGACCACAAGAUCAAGAUGGUGGAGGCGCCCGUCCACGAGCCGGGACAAGGAGAGGCGCUCAUUCAUGUAAAGACGACAGGAAUCUGUGGCUCGGAUAUCCAUUUCUGGAAGACAGGCCGGAUAGGCACUCUCGUGGUGGAAGGCGACUGCAUCCUCGGCCACGAAGCCGCCGGCACCGUUCUCAAGUGCGGUCCCGGCGUCACGAAUCUCAAACCUGGCGAUCGCGUGGCCGUAGAACCCGGCGUUCCGUGCGGCACUUGCUACCUCUGCCUCGAAGGGCGAUACAACCUCUGCGACGACGUCCAAUUUGCCGGUGUCUACCCCUACGCAGGCACCCUGCAGCGCUACAAAGUGCACCCGGCGAGAUGGCUGCACAAAAUCCCAGACAAUGUCAGCUUCGCCGAAGCGGCUCUCCUCGAGCCCCUCAGCGUCGUGCUCCACGGCAUCGAGAGGGCGGGCCUGUCCCUCGGCCACCCGGCGCUCGUCUGCGGCGCCGGGCCCAUAGGGCUGACCGCGCUCGCCGCGGCCCGCGCCUCGGGCGCCCACCCCGUCGUCAUCACGGACCUCGAGCCCAAGCGCCUCGCCUUCGCGCGGUCCUACGUGCCGGGCUGCCUGACGUACCGCGCGGACCCGUCCAAGAGCCCCGAGGAGCAGGCCCGGGAGAUCAGGGAACUGUUCGGCGCGGCCGAGGACCCUUACUUCGCGCCGAGGACGGUCCUGGAGUGCACUGGCGUGGAGGGCAGCGUCGUCACGGGGUGCUUCGCGGUCAGGAGGGGCGGGACCGUCAUGGUCAUCGGCGUCGGGAGGCCCGUCAUGAAUAACCUGCCCUUUAUGCACAUCUCUCUGGCGGAGAUUGACCUCAAGUUCAUCAACCGAUACAAAGAUACCUGGCCAGCUGGUAUCUCUUGCCUGAGCGGCGGGAUCAUCAGUCUCAAGGAGCUCGUGUCCCACGAGUUCCCGCUGGAGAAGGCUAUAGAGGCGUUGACGGUCUGCUCUGACCUGAGCAACGGAAGUAUCAAGGUGCAGAUUGUCGACGACGUAGAGCAGGCAUACUCAUGA